CACACAGCAGCAUGGCGAGCCGGGAAAGAGCACAGAGUUUACUUCACUCAUCAACAAAAACAAAAUUGUCAUGCAUAGGAUUCCUGCGGGUUUUAUUUAUUACUUUUAUACACACGGCGCAGGCGAACAAACAAGCAUUCAUACAGUCGGACACAAUCCUCGAGGCGCUACACUUUGGAGAAGGAAGUCUCUUACAGACAGAGUCUGACUUUGAUCUAAGUUUAUAUAAUCAAAAAUGUGCAUCCCCACAUCCAGGGAACUGCAGACCUAUACUCUUCCAGCCUCCAAUGCUGGACUUCCAUGAACAGCCUGUGGGGAUGCCAAAAAUGGAAAAAGUUUACUUGAAUAAUCCCAGUUCAGAAGAAAUUAGUUUGAUAUCAAUAUCAGCAACAACAGCACAUUUUCAUGCGUCCUUUUUCCAGAAUGGGAUCAUCCCAGCAGGGGGAAACACGUCGUUUGAUCUCGUGUUUCUCGCCAGGGCCGUAGGGAACGUAGAAAAUACUUUAUUUAUUAAUACGUCGCAUCAUGGAGUGUUUACAUACCAGGUGUUCGGGGUGGGUAUCCCCAACCCCUACAGACUACGGCCCUUCAUCGGGGCCAGAGUCCCUGUUAACGGCAGCUACUCUCCACUCAUAAACAUCCACAACCCUCACAGUGAACCACUGCAGGUUGUGGAGAUGUACUCAAGUGGGGGAGACCUCCACCUGGACCUGCCUACAGGUCAACAAGGAGGCACCAGAACAUUCUGGGAGAUCCCUCCGUUUGAGACGAAGGGUGUGAUGAGGGCUAGCUUCUCGUCGAGAGAUGCAGACAACCACACAGCCUUCAUUAGGAUCAAAACCAACGAAGACCAGGUUAUCAUACUGCCUGUAGAGGUGGAGGUCACCUCAGCCCCUGGUAUCUACUCCUCCACAGAGAUGCUAGACUUCGGUACGCUACGGUCACAAGAUCGGCCGAAACAGUUGAACUUACAUCUACUGAAUUCGGGAACGAAAGAUGUUUUAAUCACGAGUAUACGGACGACGCCAUUCAACGAAGCGGUUACGAUCAAUUUCAAAGCAAUCACACUAAAAGCAGGAGAGAGUAGAUAUACCAAAGUUGCAAGUAUUCGUUUUGAUGCAUCAAAAGCAGAAAGAACAGUUCAGUUUUCUGGUAAAAUAACAGUGAAGGUUAAGGAGAGAAACUCGUCUAAACUUGAAGUCCCAUACCACGCGGAGGUGCUACAAGGCUACCUGGGCUUUGACCACUCGGUCACGUUGUUCCACAUCAGAGAUAGUCCAGUAGACCCCGUGAACAGGACCGUCUUCAUAACCAACACCUUCAACGUUGCUGUCUGCAUACACAACGUCACCCUGCCAGAUGAGGCCAAGACCAUGUUCAGCGUUGAGAACCUCAGCGCCCCCGUUCUAAUCCCUCCUCGUGAGUCUCGCUACAUCUUCUCUCUCCUGUUCCGUCCCGUCCGCCCUUCCAUCCACAUCGACAGCAACAUCCUCCUCGCCACCAACAUGUCCAAGUUCCACCUUCCUGUCAGAGCCUACACAGGCUACCUUGAGCCCCUGGUCCUCUCCCCCAGUCUCAAGGAGCACCUCUUGGACUUUGGGCUCUGCAGUUCAACAGACUUCAGCAGCAUCGUGUUCCUAGUGUUCAACAACAACCCAAUAGAGUUGGAGAUCAAGUCAUGGCUGGUGACAGGGGACAGUCUGUCCAUGGAGCUGCUGCGGACAGAGAGAGGGAACAGGACAGCAGCUCUGGGCCGCAGCAGAGAACUACACAACAGCUCUGCUUCACAGCAUAAAACUGUGAUAUUAUCAUCAGGGUACUAUGCAGCAUUCAGAGUCACCCUGGAAGCUCAUGCUCUGGAGGGCCUGUAUGACGCGGCGGUACAUAUCACCACUGACUACCAGAUAUUAACAAUCCCAGUGAAGGCUGUCAUAGUAGUGGGGGAGCUAAACAGCUAUCCUGAACACAUCACCCUACCUCCAUCCUUUCCUGGUAAGAUAGUUCACCAGAGUUUGAUCAUCCAGAGUUCCUUCGCCCGGAGAGUGAGACUCCAACACAUCCGUUCCCUGACAGAAGACGUUCGGUUCUAUUACAAAAGACUACGUCACAACAAGGAUGGACUGGAACCUAGACGCAGGUCCAAGGUUGCUCAUAUCUAUUUUGAUGCCGGUUUGCAGUGUGGCGACCGCUGUUACGUGGGGUUGCCAUUUGUUCUGAAAUCUGAGGCUCGUCCCCACGGCCUGGUCUUACAGGAGGACAUCUGGGAUGCUGACGUUGACCUCCACCAGAAACUGCUCCGACGCUGGAGAGAGCUGAAAGAUCGCUCGGGACAUCAUGUGGGACAGGGACAGUGGAGGAAGAGAUACUGGUUUGAGACCAGUAUGGGACAGUGGAGGAAGAGAUACUGGUUUGAGACCAGUGUGGGACAGGGACAGUGGAGGAAGAGAUACUGGUUUGAGACCAGUGUGGGACAGGGACAGUGGAGGAAGAGAUACUGGUUUGAGACCAGUGUGGGACAGUGGAGGAAGAGAUACUGGUUUGAGACCAGUAUGGGACAGUGGAGGAAGAGAUACUGGUUUGAGACCAGUAUGGGACAGUGGAGGAAGAGAUACUGGUUUGAGACCAGUAUGGGACAGUGGAGGAAGAGAUACUGGUUUGCAUUAGCACUAAACUCCUGA